AUGGUGAAGAGGAGCAAGAAGAGUAAGAGUAAGCGAGUGCCGCUGAGAAAUAAGUACAAGAUCAUAAAGAAGAGUAAGCAAGUGCCGCUGAAAAAGAAGUACAAGAUCGUAAAGAAGGUGAAAGAGCACCAUAAGAAGAAGGCCAAAGAAGCGAAGAAGCUCGGCAUAAAUAACAAGCGCAAGGUCGAGAAGAAUCCAGGUAUCCCUAAUGACUGGCCCUUUAAGGAACAAAAGCUCAAAGCCCUGGAAGCUCGCAGGGCCAAGGCACUAGAGGAAUUGGAGCAGAAAACCGCUCGGAAGGAGAGGGCCCAGAAAAGAAAGCUGGGAUUAUUGGAGGAUGAUGGAGCUUCUGAAAAAGAGCAAAAUUUUGGAGAUGGAAUUGAUGGUGUUGUUUCACCGAAAAUUGCUAAAAUCCAGGAUAACUCGGAUAGGGCUUUCUACAAGGAGUUGGCCAAAGUCAUAGAAGCAUCUGAUGUCAUUUUGGAAGUUCUUGAUGCUCGGGAUCCCCUUGGUACUAGAUGUUUUGAUAUGGAAAAGAUGGUGUUAAAGUCAGGCCCCAAUAAGCAUCUUGUUUUGCUUCUGAAUAAGAUUGAUCUUGUACCUCGAGAAGCUGUUGAGAAGUGGCUUAAGUAUUUGAGGGAGGAAUUUCCUGCAGUUGCAUUCAAGUGCAGCACCCAAGAACAGAGGUCGAACUUAGGUUGGAAAUCUACUUCAAAGGCUUCAAAAACAAGCAAUCGCUUGGAAACUAGUGAUUGUCUGGGUGCUGACACUCUCAUAAAAUUGUUGAAGAACUACUCAAGAAGCCAUGAGAUCAAGAAGUCAAUUACAGUUGGUGUUAUUGGGCUUCCUAAUGUUGGUAAGAGUAGUCUGAUUAAUAGCUUGAAGAGGUGCCAUGUCGUCAAUGUUGGUGCUACUCCAGGAUUAACAAGAUCGAUGCAAGAAAUUCACUUAGAUAAGAAUGUGAAGCUAUUGGACUGUCCUGGAGUUGUAAUGCUCAAGUCUGGGGAAAGUGAUGCAUCCAUAGCUCUUCGUAAUUGCAAAAGAAUAGAGAAACUAGAUGAUCCCAUUGGUCCAGUGAAAGAGAUUCUCAGGCUAUGCCCUACUAAAACAUUGAUAACAAUGUACAAGGUUCCAACCUUUGAUUCAGUUGAUGACUUCCUACUAAAGGUGGCUACUGUGAGGGGUAAGCUCAAAAAGGGUGGUAUUGUGGAUGUUGAAGCCACAGCUAGAAUAAUUCUGCACGACUGGAAUGAGGGUAAAAUUCCAUAUUACACAAUGCCUCCAUCAAGGAAGCGAGAUGAGCACUUGGAGGAGGCAACCGUUGUCUCAGAGCUUGGGAAAGAGUUCAAUGUUGAAGAAGUUUAUAAGGGUGAAUCUUCAUUCAUUUGGAGCCUAAUGUCUGUUGAGGAUUUGCAUCGCAUUGAAGUUCCUCCAAACUGCCCUCUAACUUUUGAUGAGAAGAUGCUGGAGAAUGAUAUACAACCUGAAGUAUUAGUUCUAGAAAAUAAACCACUAAAGGAAAAGAAUGAAGAUAAUAAAGACCAGCCAAUGGGAUCUAAUGAGCAGGACUCAGGCAAGACAGUGGCCAAGACUGUCAAUAGUAGGCAGAACGAGCAGCUAUAUAUGGCAGAAGGCAUCCUCAAUGCAAAACUACGGAGAGCAGAGAAGAAGAAAAGGAAGAAAGCUAAAUCAUCUGGUACUGAUGAUAUGGACAUUGACUGCGAUUUUAAGGUGCAUUAUGCAAAGAGGGAAUCAACUAUGGAAGAUGUUGAAGAAAGUGACGAAGAUGAGGAUAAUCAGAUCCAAAGCGAGGUGCCUACCGGUGGUAUGGAUGAAUAAAGCAAGUGAAUCGGC